AUGGAAAUCCACUACAAGUUGUUCAUGGGCACGCUCAAAAAGGCAGCCCUCGAUUGGUUUAGCGGUCUUCCUGACCGAUCAGUCACCGACUUUGAUGUUUUUAGUCAGCUUUUCAUGGCACAAUUUGUAGCCAAUAAAAGAAAACCACCGAUCACAUCGGACAUGUUUGAUCUCAAACAGCAACGUGAGGAGUUGUUGAAGGACUUUUUGCAAAGGUUUAAUGAGGUGGCCUUGAGGAUAGCAUCCUUGGACGAAAGGAUGGCGGUCAUCACCUUUCAAAAGGGACUAAGAUCGGGUAAGUUUGACGUCGCGCAGGAGAAAGUAAAUUGCCAAAUGAUGUCAGAAGUAAGAGCUUUCGCCCUGAGUCAUAUAAAGAUGGAGGCAGGACAAAUCAAUAAAAGAGUGCCAGAAAAUCGAGAAGCAGGGGUUGACAAUAAGGAGGACAAUAAGCACCUCCAUGCACGCUCAGAUUGGAGUAAGCGACAGGAUCGUUAUAAUGUGAAGGAAGGCAAUCACAGACAGGCGGAUUAUGGUGGUCGGACAAAAGGCGAGUGGGCACGAAACAAUGAGGAAAAAAAGUUUACUCCGCUCAAUGUUCCUAGGAGGCAGAUACUUCAAGACGUCAAUAGUGCAUCACUCUUUGAGUUUUCAGCGGCGAUGGAGCGUCAGUUGGGUCCCUUCAAGACUGAUUGGUGUGAGUUUCACAGGACUCAUGGACAUACCACUAAGAACUAUUUCGUCCUAGGGAGACAAAUUGAGCGUCUAAUCAAGGAAGAACGUUUGAAAAAGUUUGUCGCAAGAAAACAUGAGGAAGGCUCGUCGGAAAGGGGACACAGGCAUGCAAAGGACGGUGCAAGGAGAGACAGACACAAAGAAAGGUCCCCCCAGGGACCACCUACAAAGGUGUCGGAAGUGCAUCAGCAGCCUAUUCAUGGGGACUUUAAUACCGUAGCAAGGGGAUUUGCAGGAAGAGGCCUCACCUCAGCUGCCCGGAAGACGUACACUCGUUCCGUGCUAACCAUAUCGGAAUUUUGGCGACCUCCUCAACCCAAAAUCUCGUUCUCAGAUUCUGACUACGAAGGAGUAACUCCCCAUGAGGAUGAUCCCAUCGUCAUAUCGGAAAUUGUGAUGGGAUAUAACGUGAAGCGUGUGUUGGUCGACCAGGGCAGUUCCACUGAUAUCUUAUUUUGGAAGCUUUCGAGGGGAUGA